AUGUUAGCGUUUGAAGACCAAAACAUAAUCAUUACUGGUGGUUCUUCUGGUAUCGGCCAUGCCAUCCUACUUCUGCUUGCGGAGAGGGGAGCAACCGUGUGGGCAUCAGAUCUUUCCCAAACCCUCCCAAGGACAUGAAUGGGUGGAUAACCGAGGCAAGGUACACUUCCAGGGCAAUCUGGACGUGGCCGACCGCUCAGCCUCAAUGAAAUACAUCGACGGGGUGGUAGCAGCGACAGGUCAACUGGAUGGCUUGGUUGAGGGGGAAUUGCAUCCGAUGAUAUAUAUGAUCGGAUGCUCGAUGCCGACAUUGGAAGUACAUGGACAUUCGGUACAUAUGCGCAUCAGCUCAUGGCGAAGCAAGAGCCCCGCGGAUCUAAUGGUUCUAGAAGAAACAUUUUCAACAUUGCUAGUGGUGCUGGGACGCGUGGGGUAUCUCGUCUUGCUGCCUCAUGUGCUAUGAAACAUGCGGUAAUAGGUCUAGCAAGAGCCUGGCACCAAGAUUUUGGCAAGAAUAAUAUCCGUGUGCACGCUGUUGCUCCAGGUGGGUCGGUAGUCCUAUGGUCUCUUGGAUUUUCUCCCAGUCUGAUCAUGUUGAAGGCACGACUGCAACUCCAGCCUACAUCAAGCGCGUAUAGAGAGGCAGGAUUUUUUGAGCUGACGCCAAAAAAUCCUUUGGGACGGUCAGCUCAGCCAGUUGAGAUCGGUAGAGCCGUUGCUUUUCUUCUUUCAGAUGAACCUAGCGGUGUAGGUAGCGAAAUCCUGCCCGUCACCGGGGGAUAUACUUGA